UUUUCCUCUUUUUUUGUUGAUUCCUUCUGUUUGGUUUAGGGAUGUCUGGACGCGGCAAACAGGGCGGCAAGGCUCGCGCCAAGGCCAAGACGCGCUCGUCCCGCGCCGGGCUGCAGUUCCCCGUGGGCCGCGUGCACCGCCUGCUGCGCAAGGGCAACUACGCCGAGCGCGUGGGCGCCGGCGCCCCGGUCUACCUGGCGGCCGUGCUCGAGUACCUGACGGCCGAGAUCCUGGAGCUGGCGGGCAACGCGGCCCGCGACAACAAGAAGACGCGCAUAAUCCCGCGCCACUUGCAGCUGGCCAUCCGCAACGACGAGGAGCUCAACAAGCUGCUGGGCAAGGUGACGAUCGCGCAGGGCGGCGUGCUGCCCAACAUCCAGGCCGUGCUGCUGCCCAAGAAGACCGAAAGCCACCACAAGGCAAAGGGCAAGUGAGCUUAGCAGCUUUACAAGGACCCCAGUAUUGCAAAACAAAAGGCUCUUUUUAGAGCCACCCAUGUAUUCAGAAAAAGAGUGCACUGGUUUUCCUGCUACAAUGGGUAUUUUCUCGCAGUUUGUCUUUCGCGGUGUAAAAGAUACUUAAACUAUACAGUGCAUUCCUGGAAUGUAACCAAAAGUCUCAGGCUACUUUAUCAAACGAUUACAAGUUAAUCACUGCAAGCCUUCUGAGGUGGAAAGUCCUCAAGGU